AGUGUUAAAUGGAAUGAUGAUGAUGAUGAUGAUGAAUCCAUUAGAGACAGUACAAAUCAUAGUUGUCAAUCGUUUUUCAACAGGUUCUAUUUCUAUUUUGCAACUUUUUGAAACAUCGCAUUUUUUUCAACAAUAUAUAAAAUUUUUUAAUUAAAUUUUUUACAUUUUCCGAAUCUAUGAUUAAUCGAUAUCUGGAGGUUAGAUAUCUGUCUUUCUGGUAAAAACAAUGGCCGGUGAUAAUGGCACACCAGAACUGAUGGAUUUUACAUUAAAUCAAACAUCUGAACAGAUCUUCAAUGUUGCAGCUAUGUUUGCUGAAAAAGAUACUCCAGAACUUAACAAAGAAUUGGAUGAAUCAUCGAAAGGAUCCUCAUCAGAGACGAUAACAACAAUAGAUAUUGAUAAUGAAAUAAAUUUUGACGAAUUUCAACGAAAAGAGACUACUUGCAGUCUGGAAUCGAAUAUUUCUGGAACACAUAUCAAACAUAUAAAAGAUUUUUGCUUCUCUCAAAGUCAAUAUAUGCAAAAUUCUCCCAAUGAUCUCAUGACCAGGAACGAUGUUCCAGAAGUUGAUUACGACACUCCUACAUACACUGAGCUUCUUUAUUAUUCAGACCUCGAACGUGAUAUUCGAAUGCAAAAUUAUUUAUCUCGUCUAGAUUACAAUAACAAUAAUGUGAUAAAACCAUUGGAAAAUCCAUUGAUCAAUACGGAACAACAAGCUUCAUCGGUUUGUGAAACAAUGACAACAUCAACAUCUUCGAAAUUUGAUGACGGUAAUGAUUUGUCUGUGGAUUCUUAUCAUCAACCAUCACACGUCUUGUAUAAAGAACCAAAAACUGCCACUCUCAAACAUCGAAAUCCAAACAUAUCAAAAAGUGCCAAUUUAUUAAAUCAAAAUAAACGAAAAUCUCAAAAAUCGCAAUGUAUUAAGAAUCGUCAAGAAUUUUUAAUGGAUAGACGUCAAAGAAAUUGUGUGGCAGCUCGUAAAGCUCGCCAGAAACGAAAGAAAGAAGCUGAUGAGAUAGAACUGGAAAAAAAGAAACAAGAAAAAAAAAAUCAAGCUCUUAAAAACCAAGUCGCAGAACUUGAAAAAGAAAUCAGUUAUUUAAAUGAACACAUUAGGAAGAGGAAUGCAAUUGUUUGAUUUGUAUUUGACUUUUUUUUAUUAUAAAUAUUUAUUCUGUGAACCACUUCUUGUCAUAAACAUUUCAUUAUUUUUAUUAAGUAAUAUUAAAAAAAUAUGUUGAAUCA